CACAUAAGAGAGAGAGAAGGAGCUGGAGUGCGUUCAAUACUGUUAGGGGCAGAGUGUUUCUUACGGUCACCGUCUUCGGAGGCCUAUCACUCAUCACCCAAACCAACAUCGCCUCGAAAAGCCCUCCGCCUGCGAUUUCAGCAUCGUCGCUGGCAAGAAACACUCUGAGCCCCUUCCACGGAUUUGAUUUUCUUUGGAUGUCAUUGAAGCUAGAGAUUUUGAAUACAAGGCGUGGGCUCAUGUUCAAACCUUCUCUUGAUGAGCAAACUCUGGAAUUGCAGGUUAAAACAUCAAUUGGAGCUGAGGCCAUCUCCCAGCAAAGGCUAGCCUCUGCAGAAGCUGAGAUUACUGACUUGAGACAGAAAUUGGAAGCUUCUAAAAGGGAAAAGUCCGGGCUUUCAGGUAUCCAUAAAUCCAAACAUGAGGAAAAUGAAGCCUACAUAUCUGAAAUAGAGGUGAAUGAAGUUGGUUCUGUUACUAAAAGCAUUGAAGCAAUGAAAAUAUCUAAAUGUGCUGGUUCUUCAAUUGCAGACCUUCCAACUGGUUUAGAUACGAUAAGUUAUGCUCUUUUUAGAAGUCUCAAUUGUUAUGAUUAAAGUUAUAGUUUGAGAACAAAACUUUAGGGAAAUCAUAUUUUCAAAACAUGGGUUUGGAAAACAAAUUCCAAGAAAACCAAUAGCAGAACAAUCAUUUUGUUUUGUAAUCUACAUACUGUAUGGUUCUGCAAAUAAGCAAAACAAACUCCAUAUAUAUACUGUAUGGUUCAAUCAUCGGAAACAUGGGUUUGGAAAACAAAAUCCAUCAUCCAUCA